AUGAGCCACAUGAAGUUUUUUAAAUAUUUCUCGGAAAGGAAUAGACAGAACAACAACGCACCCCCGGAGAGCUCCUGCGGCAUGUCAUUUCACAAAAAGAGGUUUCGAAAAUAUUUAAACUUUUUAAUCACCAGAACUAAGGGGAAAAGCAAAAAAAUAAUUACCAAUAAAAAGAAUGACAUGGAGAAGAAAGAGCAAAUAGAAGGAGAGAAGAAUGGCUGCAUCCCCCCAAUUGAAAACAACAAUACGAAACAAAAAUCCCUCAAAAUGGACCAAAAUGAAAAUCAUUCAAAUCAUUCAAAUCAUUCAAAUAAUGCAAAUAAUGCUAACAUUUUAAAAAAGAAAAAUUUUAAUGAAUUAUUCGCAUCAAGCAAAAAUUUCAAAAUGAGUAAACACAGCAACUGCCUUAUGAACAAAGCAGCACCUCGCAAUAGUGUCGAGAGGACCAAAUUAUUUAAACUAAAUUAUAAUUAUCACAAUAAAAAAAGGGGAUAUUUAUUAAAAAUUCCAUUUUUAAAAAAAAAUAAUUGCAAAAGUCAGGAAAUUGACGACUUUAUGCAAAUGAACACUACUGCAGGACUUGAAUUUUCAACGGACGCCGAAAUGAACAAUUAUAAAAAUCAGGUAGACAAAUAUACCUGUUCACAUUCGUAUGGAAAUGGAAUUUUUUGCAAAAUGUACUCCAAGGGGGCAAAUUCUCAAAUGUCGAAAAAUAUGUAUGGACAAGAUAUGGACAUGUUUUCCGAUAACAUGUAUUUUUAUGCAAAGACCAUCUUGGAGGCAGAGGAUCGGGAGAAGUUGCACAAGCAAAAGUCGGCCACCCCUGCUAACAAGGCCGAAGCUGCAAAAUCGCCCAAGUUUAAGGGGUUCAAGUCCACCUACUGGACCUUCAGGAGGAGUGCGAAGAACAGGCCACGCGAGGAGGAAGAGAGCCACCAGGGGGAUGACCUCGCCGCGAACACCAACGGAAAUGUAUGCUACAAAGACAACAUGGCAAACGUGACAAACUUCGCCCCGAUCAACAAGAAGGACAAGAACAACCAAAUAUUCAAGCUGAAUGACGACUGCCUAUUCCUGCACGACGAGUUCGAGAAGCAAAAAACGGGGAAGCUUCGAAAAACCCUUUCUCUGUCCUAUGGAAGAAGAAAAAAAUCACUGAGGCCAGACAAUUUCACCUUCUUAAAGGUAAUUGGCAGGGGCUCAUACGGAAAAGUGCUACUUGUAAGGCAUACACAAAACAACAAGCUGUACGCCAUGAAGAUACUCAGAAAGGAAAAUAUAAUUUCACGAAAUCAACUGGAACAUACAAAAAUAGAAAGGAAUGUGUUAAAGUGUGUCUCUCAUCCUUUUAUUGUCAAAUUGUACUACGCUUUUCAGACAUCCAGGAAGUUAUACUUCAUAUUGGAAUACUGUCCGGGAGGGGAAUUAUUUUUUCAUUUAUCCAAAAUGAAAGAACUUACUGAAGAAGCGGCCAUUUUCUACAUGGCGGAAAUUAUCCUAGCUUUGCAAUAUUUACACAAGCUAAACAUAAUUUAUAGGGAUGUGAAACCAGAAAAUGUGUUACUUGACGAAAUGGGUCAUAUAAGGCUAACCGAUUUUGGUUUAUCCAAAGAAGGAAUUUCUGACAACAACUCUGCCACGUCGUUGUGUGGUACCCCAGAAUAUUUAGCUCCAGAAAUUAUCGACCAAUGUGGACAUGGCAAAGCUGUGGACUGGUGGAGCCUAGGCAUCAUGCUGUACGAAAUGUUAACUGGAAGAUUACCUUUUAAUAGUUCCAGUAGAGCUGUCCUGUUCGAAAGAAUCAAACAUGAAAAUUUGAGGUACCCACGCUCCCUAUCCCCCGAUGCAGUAGAUUUGUUAAAGAAAUUGUUUGAAAAAAAUCCCAAGAAAAGAUUAGGGUCAGGAGCUACAGACGCAGAAGAAAUUAAGAAUCAUCCUUUUUUUAAAAAUGUCAACUGGGGUGAUGUGCUAAACAAGAAAGUGAAACCACCUUUUAAACCCCCCCUGUUUGACCAAGUGGACGUUCAAAAUUUCGACAAAGAGUUUUUAUGUAUGCCGCUGAGGUACUCUGACAAAUUCGACAGCAACCCUGUUGCCCUCAAGUCGCAAAAGAGCUACAUGAUCAAGGGCUUCAACUACAGUUUGUAUGACUAA